AUGCUCCGCCGAAAGCCAACCGCCAUUGCAAUCACCAUGGAAGACAUCGCUGUCUUUGAGGAGGAACUCCUCCGCAAACAGAACGAGAACCGUGAGCCCGAACAGGCACAGGGCAGCAGCGCCAAGACCAAGGUCAACCCGAGCGAUGAGCUGAAGCCCCUCCCUGGUGACAAGGCUAGAAUCCUUCGUCGGGAAGAGAGAAUUGGGCUCGGCCAUCGGGGUUGA